AUGGAGGGUGACGACGAGCUCAUCGCCACCGUGUAUCGCAAGAUUGAUCGGGAAAAGGCCCUCAUCGCUGCUGCGACAAAUAUGAGACAGUCAACUGAUAACCCGCUUGUACAGCAGCGAGUGGACGCUAACAUACGGGACGGACGGAAGAAUAUCGCCUACCUGGAAGAAAAAAUGCAGGAGCUACAAAUUCGAAAGAUGGGUCGUGGGAAUACCUCCCCUACUGCAAUACGAGGGUCUGGUGAAGGUCCCCCCAUACCCCCAAAGGAUGCUGGCUCCUCCUACCGUGGUGACCAGGGAGGUUACGGAGACGUUGGCCCAGGAGGUUAUAGCCAGGGUGGAACGGGUAUGAUGCCUCCCCGGGCACCCUUCCACGACCCACGUCCAGACGCCUCCAUGCCCAAGGCACGUCCGAAUUUCAGCAAGUUAGAUUUAAUCAAGUAUGACACGCCAUAUCUGGGGCCUAAGAUUCAACUUAUGCUGUCACAGCUCGAGUUCAAAUUGAGCGUGGAAAAGCAGUAUAAGGCUGGUAUCGAAAAGAUGGUACGACUAUAUCAGGACGAGGGCGAUCGAAAGAGCCGAGCAGAUGCAGAAGGCAGACGAAUCGAAAGCAACCAAAAGAUCCAGCUAUUAAAACAGGCUUUGAAACGAUAUGAGGACCUUCACGUUGAUAUUGAAAGUGCAUCGGACCACCCAGAUGACGAAAGCUUGAAUGCUCCCAAUAUGCGCAAACCUUUGACGGGCCAUCUGACCAUGAAGAUCCACGCUGUGAAAGACGUAGACCAUGCUGCUGGAUCUAGAUUUUCUAGGGGCCCGGAAACCUUCGUGAUCAUGAAGGUUGAAGACGCUGUAAAAGCCAAAACCAGGGCCACUAGAUCCGACAAAUGGACCGAGGAAACCUUUAACGUGGAUAUUGACAAAGCAAAUGAGAUUGAACUCACAGUGUAUGAUAAGUCUGGUGACAGGCCGACGCCCAUCGGUAUGCUCUGGAUACGGAUAUCAGACAUCGCAGAGGAGAUGCGCCGAAAGAAAAUCGAGACUGAGUUUAAUGCCUCUGGAUGGGUUUCUGCUGAUAAAAUGGAUCAUGGGGCCAUACGGCCGGAUACGCAGUUCCAGGGGAGCUCAUUCCAGCCUGGUCAGCCUGCUAGAACUCAACCCCCCGGGCAAGCCCCCAUAGGCCAAAAUGCAACAGUUAUGGUCGAUUCAUGGUUUGCUUUGGAACCAGUGGGGAGAAUACACCUUACGAUGAGUUUUGCUAAACAACUCAAGGACAGACGGCCCUUUGAUAUUGGUCUUAACCGACAAGGUGCUGUCCGCCAAAAGAAGGAGGAAGUCCACGAGAAGCAAGGCCAUAAAUUCAUUACCCAACAAUUCUACAACAUUAUGCGCUGUGCUCUUUGUGGUGACUUCCUUAAAUAUGCUGCUGGUAUGCAGUGUGCAGACUGCAAAUAUACCUGCCACCGAAAGUGCUAUCCAAAGGUUGUGACCAAAUGUAUUAGCAAAGCAAAUUAUGAGACCGAUCCAGACGAGGAGAAAAUUAAUCAUCGCAUUCCGCAUAGGAAGAAUGCUAAGCGGUGUUCGGAAUGCUCUCUUACUUGCCAUGCUAACUGUGCUCACCUUGUACCCGAUUUCUGUGGAAUGUCGAUGGAGGUUGCCAACCAAAUUCUAGAGACCAUCAUCAAAGCUAGGAAUACCAACAGAACCAGUGGUGCCUCAACCAAACCCCCUCGUCCAAAGCCUGCUCCCAUUGAAGGUGGAUCCCGACACUCCCAAGACAGCUAUGGUCCUCCAAUGAUGUCUCCCUCUGCAGACGCUGUCAGUGCUGCCAGCACUUCGUACAUGCCUCCCCAGUCUCCAACGGCAACGGGCCGUGCCGCCGCCUCUCCACAUAGUCCUUCGAAUGCGGCGGCGGCGGCGGCAGCAGCAGCAGCAGCAACAGGAAUGCGCCCAUUGCCACAGCAGACUGGGUAUGAUAAAUUGCCUUCGGACUACCCUGGAAUUAAACCUGGAGAAUCCGCAUAUGAUAACCGUGAAUCUAGGCUAUCCCAGCAACAACAGCCACAGCCACCACCGCAUUCUCAUUAUGACCCCGGAGCCUAUGCCCAUGUUCAAGCGCCCCAGCUUCCUCCAAUCCAAAUUGGGCACCAGCCUGCAGGGCAUCAGUACGCCAUGCCGCCUCCUACUCAGAUGCAUCAGCAACAGCAAACUCCGGUUACAGCUCAUCCCUCUGCCCUUGCUACAAAAGAACAAAUGCCACCUCCUGCUCAACCACAGAAGAAGGCUGGUGCUAUGAUUGGAUUAGAUCAUUUCAAUUUCCUUGCAGUUCUUGGUAAAGGAAAUUUUGGAAAGGUAAUGCUUGCUGAAUCAAAGACGAGCAGGAAGCUCUAUGCUAUUAAGGUGUUAAAGAAAGAAUUCAUUAUUGAAAAUGACGAAGUUGAGAGCACCAAAUCAGAAAAGCGAGUAUUUUUGAUUGCUAACAAGGAGAACCACCCAUUCCUACUUAACCUUCACGCCUGUUUCCAGACGGAAACUCGUGUUUAUUUUGUUAUGGAAUAUAUUAGCGGCGGUGAUCUCAUGUUGCAUAUUCAACGUGGUCAAUUUGGUCUCAAACGAGCUCAAUUCUAUGCUGCCGAAGUUUGUUUGGCUUUGAAAUACUUUCAUGAAAACGGUGUCAUUUAUCGGGAUCUCAAGCUCGACAAUAUUUUGUUAUCUCUUGAUGGGCACCUUAAAAUUGCCGAUUAUGGUCUGUGUAAGGAGGAAAUGUGGUAUGGUAGCACCACAAGUACAUUUUGCGGAACUCCCGAAUUCAUGGCCCCAGAGAUUCUCCUGGACAAGAAAUACGGCAGAGCUGUCGAUUGGUGGGCUUUUGGUGUUCUGAUUUACCAGAUGUUGCUUCAACAGUCGCCCUUCCGUGGAGAGGACGAAGAUGAGAUAUACGAUGCAAUUCUUGCCGAUGAACCCCUUUACCCCAUCCAUAUGCCACGAGACUCUGUUUCAAUACUUCAGAAACUGUUGACACGUGAACCAGAACUGAGAUUGGGAUCCGGGCCAACUGACGCCCAGGAAAUCAUGUCGCAUGCUUUCUUCAGAAAUAUUAACUGGGACGAUAUCUACCAUAAGCGUGUCCCGCCACCUUUCUUCCCAAAAAUAACCAGCCCUACUGAUACUAGCAACUUCGACCAAGAGUUCACUAGUGUCACUCCGGUUCUAACUCCGGUUCAGUCUGUCCUCACACAGGCGAUGCAAGAAGAAUUCCGUGGCUUUUCAUACUUUGUAGACUGCGAAUAA